AUGGACAAAUAUCUCGUUGUAAUGCUUAAUAUAUUUUUACUCGAAGGAGUAGCCAGUUUUUAUCACGGAGCUAACUGUACCGCUAACUCUGAAUGUGCUUCUGGGGACGUAUGCUGUGAAGGAGUUGAGGAAUGUCAUCUUAUUUGUAUCGGUGAAUUUUGUAAAUCAAAUGAUGAUUGUGGUGAACGAACAAUAUGCUGCCAAGAUAAUAAAUGUGUUUCAAAUGGAAGAAAUAUAUGCUCUGAUGGUCUAGCUGGUUGGGUGUACGAGGCCAUAGCCGUUGGUGCUUUUCUAGUUAUAUAUUUUAUAUAUAAAAUCGCGGCGUGCUUAUUCUGUGAAUCAAAUGACUGUGGUAAGAGCGGGACUGGAGGACAGACACCAACGCCGUACGCAGUAUCUGUUGGAGGAGGGUGUGAUGUAGGAGGAUGCGACGGGGGAGGAGGGUGUUAA